UGGAGGGAUCCAUUUUAAGCAGCGGGCGUCCCUUCGCCUCCAUUUAAGGAUAGGAGUGUUGGGGGGGACGGUUGCUGUGGUUUUGGUUCUGAGGUGGCUCUGUGGGAGCUGAAGCUAGGGACCUAGCGUCCCGUGUCCAAGUCCAGCCGCCAGUGGCUACAGGUCGAGAGUUAGCCAUCCUCUGCUUUUCCUUCGCUACUCUCUGCUUGUAUCUACUCCAGAGCCGGUCGCUCCGGGGCGACUGUGUCGAAGGCCGCCGGCAGGCGAGAUGUUCAAAAACACGUUCCAGAGUGGCUUCCUCUCCAUCCUCUACAGCAUCGGCAGCAAGCCCCUGCAGAUCUGGGACAAAAAGGUGCGAAAUGGCCACAUCAAAAGAAUCACUGAUAAUGACAUCCAGUCCCUGGUGCUAGAAAUUGAAGGGACAAAUGUCAGCACUACAUAUAUCACAUGUCCUGCAGACCCUAAGAAGACAUUAGGAAUUAAGCUUCCUUUCCUCGUCAUGAUUAUCAAAAACCUGAAGAAAUAUUUCACCUUUGAAGUACAGGUACUAGAUGAUAAGAAUGUGCGCCGGCGGUUUCGGGCAAGCAACUAUCAGAGCACCACUCGUGUCAAACCCUUCAUCUGUACCAUGCCCAUGCGGCUGGAUGAUGGCUGGAACCAGAUUCAGUUCAAUUUAUCCGACUUCACCCGGCGGGCAUAUGGCACAAAUUACAUUGAGACCCUAAGAGUACAGAUCCAUGCAAAUUGCCGCAUCCGACGGGUUUACUUCUCAGACAGACUCUACUCAGAAGAUGAGCUGCCAGCAGAGUUCAAACUGUAUCUCCCAGUUCAGAACAAGGCAAAGCAAUAACUGGAAUGCAACUUGAGAUAGACCCUGAACGUAACUCUUAAGGAGACUACCUGGAGAACAGUGCAAAAAACAUUCAUACUUCACUGUGCCUAUGGUCAGCUUGUCAUGGGCACUAGUUACCAUAACUCCAUUACUGCAUUGUAAGUACAGUGGAGGAUAAGCAGUACUUUGAGUGAUGUACGACUGCUGGAGUCUCUCCUGCUGCCUGCCCCAGUGUGUGGGGAGAUACUUUUACCACGAACUUAGAGAAUUAAAAGUUGUCCGAUAA